AUGCGUCGUUUUAGGAAUCGGCACCACGAGUUUCUCGCUCAAAUGUAUUUGGCUCGAUACUCUACCGAGUUUCUUGAUAACAGGGAAGGUCUACGCAGCGCUCUCGAAAGAUCCUUGAUACAUAAGAGCACUUAAGAGGAAAACUGCGGAGAGACAGUGGCUACGAUUUUAAGAUCAAAAUGGAGCCGUAAAACAUCCUCCUAUUUAUUUUUAUAGAAAUGAAUUUGCAAGAAGUCAUGAGAACCCAAUACGUGGAAAUUCACGUCAAAGUAGUCGAGUGAAAAUUGGCGAUGUAGAGAACUCUACGCUGUGCACUGAAAGAAUGAAAAUGAUGUUUAUACUUUUAAUAUUCUUCGCCCUGUGGGAUCCAAGCACUUGUGUCGGUGAAGAACAGGUGGUUGAUUUGUCAAGAACGUCCUUAUGGGGACCCGGUUUAAAUCCUGAACAAAUUGUCAUGCGAGCACGAUAUAUCUUCGUUCGUUUGUAUGAUACUAAUGGAAAUGCGCUUUCUAAAUCUCCUGGAGAAGAAUCUCUUACUGCGGAAAUACAUGGCACAGGUGCCGAUGGCGGUUUCUGUCGAGUUUGGGUACAGACGUUAGACUGCAUAGAUGGAGUUUUUAUAGUUCGGUACCGAUUGUAUCAUACUUGCUUCAAGAUGAAAAUUAGUAUCAAAUUUAAAGGAAAGCACGUAUCAAGCUCACCUCUGACAUUUUCAGGACCCGUAUACGAAGAAGAAUGUUAUUGCCCAGAACAAUCUGUUACCGAAUGGCUGAAAAAUAAUAAGUGCACUCAAUGCAAUCAUAGUCAAAUUAUCAAUGAUCUGAAACCUUUUAAUAGCGUUAACUUUGAGAUGAUUAGAGAAGAAAUAAUUAAAAAGUAUCAUAGACCAAAUAGUGUCAGUAUUUGCCAUUACGUCGUUAAGGACAACAAAAUUUACAGACAGUGCUACGGGCAACACGUAGGUUUCAAACUGUUCGCAGAUGCUAUAUUAAUGUCACUUGCACGGAAAGUGCAGCUCCCCGAUAUUGAACUUUUCGUUAACUUAGGGGAUUGGCCUCUUGUGCAGAAAAGUGGUCCAGCAUAUCCUGUUUUCUCAUGGUGUGGCUCGGACAAUACCAUCGAUAUCGUGAUGCCCACAUAUGACAUUACCGAAUCAUCGAUUGAAAACAUGGGAAGGGUAAUGUUGGACAUGUUAUCGGUGCAAAGUAACGUCAAGACACCAUGGGAUUCGAAGAUCGAUAAAGUUUUCUGGAGAGGACGCGACUCGCGCAGAGAACGUCUGGAUUUAAUAGACAUAGCCCGGAAGCAUCCAGAUCUCAUCAAUGCUUCCAUCACAAACUUCUUCUUUUUCCGAGACGAAAUGGAUAAAUACGGUCCAGGAGAGAAGCACAUUUCACUAUUUGAAUUCUUCAAAUACAAAUAUCAAUUGAACAUCGAUGGAUCGGUUGCUGCGUACAGAUUUCCAUAUUUACUCGCCGGAGGCUCUUUAGUUCUGAAGCAAGAUUCAGAAUACUAUGAGUUCUUUUACAAGCAACUCGAACGCAAUAAGCACUACGUGCCAGUAAAGAAAGAUUUAUCAGAUCUCGUUGAGAAGAUUACUUGGGCAAGGGAGCACGACGAAGAGGCCUUCGCAAUUUCAAGAGCAGGGCAAUCUUUCACCCGAGACAAUCUUCUGCCUGAGCAUAUAUUCUGUUAUCACGUAUCGCUGUUCCACGAGUGGAGCAAGCGAAUUCGUAGCACAGUCAAAGUAUUACCAGGUAUGGAGGAAGUUCCUCAACCCGAACAUUCCUGCGAAUGUCACAGAUUAGAAGAUGAAGCGCCGCAAGGAAUAAGAGAUGAAUUCUAGAUCAUCGCUAAACUUCCGGUUGUCAAAUAGAUGCUGCGCCUACAGGAGCAGAAAUAGAAACAUGACGUCGUUGGGAGUCGAAGAGGAAGGGCGACGCCAGGCGUCGUUCGCCAGUCAGCUACUCGCUACUCGGCGCAGCCUGAGGUCGUCAUCGACAUCGACAUCGACAUCGGCCAUGUGUCAAAGUCUCUGCCGAUGUCAUUGACACCCCUCGAUGCUACCACUCGUCCGGACUAAUUAUACGGCCCACUGACAGCCGACUUUGACAGAUCCUGAGUGACAGUCGCUCCGAAUUACUCCAUUCCUGCUUAGAAAUGAAGAAAGGCUCCGCCCUGCGUCAAACGCGAUUCAAAGCGAAUUUAUAGUUCCAUAGGCCUUAUUGUCUCUGUUCAAUUAUACCCUAGACUUUGUAUUAAAAGAACGAGAUUCUUAUCCUUCCCGUUAGAUAAUCUCAUACACGUAGAGAGAAAAAAUGUAACAAACCAAAGAAAUGUAUAUAUAUAUUUCUUUGGUUCAAUGACUUUUUUCUUUUCUUUUCUUAGUGUAGGAUUCAUCACAUAUGUUCAAUUAGUUCCUAGGCUUUAUCAUCUCUGUUUAAUGGUGACAUAGACUUUGUAUUAAAAAA